AUGGCAGACGGCUUGGUCAAGGAACUCAUAGGUGCAACGGCGGCUAUGAUAUGCCUCACCACUUUCGUAAUGUCGGCACGGAUUGCGAUGAGACUGAGGUUGAGGACAUACGGUAUUGACGAUGUAACUAUCACCGUCAGCUGGCUUCUAUCAUUGGCCAUGUUCGCUCAAACCCUCGUUUCGGCCCAUUCUGGUUUGGGUCAUCACCACCGUGACGUGAAUCCCCAGGACUACGAACGCUUCCUCAAACUAGGCAUAUCGACGUCCUCGACAUACAGCUAUGCCCUCGCACUAGCUAAAAUGUCGUUUGCCAUUCUCUACAUCCGAAUGCUUCCCGACGAACGACUCAUCAUACUGAACAAAACCGUCAUCGUGUUUCUUUGUUGUCAAGCGAUUGAGGAAAGCAUGAUACCAAUCUUUCAAUGCCAACCAAUCGCCAAGGCAUGGGCGCCAAGCAUGCCGGGGCGGUGCCUUGAUCUUCCCGUGCUGUGGUGGGUUGGUUUCGCCUUCAACCUUUGCACCGACUUGAUACUCUUCAUACAGCCUAUUCCCACGUUAUGGAGAUUACAAUUACCCCUCAUCAAACGACUAGGUCUCAUUGCCAUGCUUUCUCUGGGUCUCAUGGUGUGCGCAAUAUCCGUCAUUCGCAUGCAUUCCGUGACGAAAAUGGGACUCGAUGAUACGUAUGGCCUUGCCGUUCCUAUCAUUUGGUCUGAAGCCGAGGUCAGCACUUUGAUCAUCUGCUCAUGCGUACCAUCUCUCCGCAAGAUUGUACAGAAGCUGCCAUGGUUCCGAGACAGGCUCGAGGGCUCUACCGACGACCUAGAAGGACCAGCGGUUCCAACAAUUGGCCAUAUACAGAGGAAAAGACGCCCAGAUGCCAAAGAUGAUGGAUAUGGAAAGGAGGGCUUCGGCCAGGAUUCAGGAUUGACGGGAACAACCCUUACUUACCCAGGGAGCAUUUUGAGCCGGCCGACGAGAGUCUCUGUCACUGUCGAUAACGAUGCGGAGGAAAUUCUGCGAGUUUCCUCGGCCACCACCGACGCUUCAUCUACAGUACCCGAGCCUGAGAGACACAACGGCGCAAACGACGAGGUCAUUAUGACGCCUUUACAACCGUAUCGUCCUAAAGUUCCACGGAAUGAGACGACGAGCGGCAAGGAAUGA